AUGGACAUGGACGACAUGGAAAUCGACCCCGCCCUCGCAGUAGCCAUGGGCUUCUCCGGCUUCGGCACGCAGCCCAACGCCAAAAAGCGAAAAUUCAACAACAACAGCACCGAAGGUUUCGUGGAUCCAAAUAUCGGGAAAUCGCAAAGCGCUACGGGUGCGAACAAUGUGCCUGUCCGGGAGAAGCAGUCGACGAAGAGUGUCGGUGAAGACUCCAAGGCCUAUGAAUCUGCUGGGAAGGCGUCGGGUGUGACUGGUGAUGGGAAGCCGAGUCUGGAGGCUUUGAGGCAUGGAGUGAGGAAUGAGAGGGGCGAUGUGGCAUAUUUCUUGCCGAGUUUUGUGGAGGAUCCGUGGAGGGGGUUGGAAGCGAAGUGA